GAGUAAAAUCUGUGGAUUAAAUGAACGUAUUAAUGACGAAGGUGACAUAAAACGGCAGGAAAAGCAUCAUCAGAAUGCAGUGAGUGGUGAUAACAGAGAACGGAUAGAAUCAAAUGCUCCGAACAAUUUGAUUUUGGAACUUCAGCAACGCAUAGGUGGAUCGAAUGAGAGCGCAUUGGCGUUGUUGGAACAACUAAAGAAAUGCCUAAUCGGUGGAGCAGUGAGCUCGAACAUACAUCUUAAUCCAGAAGUGAUUAGAAAAAAUGCUUAA